GAUGUUCAUAUAUCAUAUGGAUCUCAAAUUGAUACCUGAGGAGAUUGCAAAUUUGAUACAUCUCAGAUACUUGAAUAAAAUUGCAGAAAGCCUUGUCUGAGAUGCCUGGAAUUGGAAUGUUGAAGUCUCUUCGAGAACUGGAUUGGUUCUCUGUUAAGAAUGAGAAGGGUUUUAAAAUUGGGGAGCUGGAACAUUUGAAUGAGCUUCGCAGAUUAAGAAUCAGUUCUCUUGAAAGUGUGAAGGAUGCUAAAGAAGCAUGCAUUGCCAAAUUAUGUGAAAAGAGAAACCUAACAGAUUUGUGGUUAGUCUGGGGUGAUGAAAGUAAAACCUUGAGGAACACUUUAGAUACUGUCUUAGAUGAGGAAGUGCUCGAAAACCUUCAACCACACAACAAACUAGAGCAUCUACGCAUAUAUGCAUACAUGGGUGCAAAGUCUGCACGGUGGAUGGAUAAUGCCAAUUAUAUCUUCAAUCUAAAAUUCAUUGAGUUGUCUAGAUGUUUGGAGUGGGAAACUCUUCCACCUUUUGAGCAGCUUCCCUUUCUUAAGACUCUGUUCCUUCAUGACAUGCCAAAAGCAAAGUGUUUUUAUAAUAAAUUUCAUGGGAAUGGUAAGGCUUGUGUUUUUCCAUCACUAGAGCGGCUAGAUAUUACGAAAUUAGAAGCAUUAGAGCAUUGGUUUGAUGCAACAGAAGAUGCUUGGCCUUUUCCUUGCUUACAUAUACUCAGGCUCAAAGACUGCCCAAAUUUGCAGGAGUUGUCCUCUAGACCUCCAAAUCUUUGGAACUUGGAGAUAGAUAACGUUGGGUGGAAAGCUUUUAACUGGCUACCAGGUAUUGAUGACCGUUGUCGCUACAUUUCUAUUAAAAAUUGCAGCAAUUUUAACUAUAUUAGACAACAGAAGAAUUCAGAGACAUUCAAGAAAAUAAUCAACAAAGUCAUUGUAAAUGAUCUGUCUGUGUUGCUAAUGGAGCCAUUGAGAAGUAUCACCUCCUUUGAAGAGCUUUCCAUUGAGGAAAAUGAUGACCUGAUUUCAUUUACAAUUGAAGCAGAGCAAUGGUUUCUACAAUUUAGCUUGUCCCUUCUUGAGUUGAACUUUAGAAGGCUCAAAUCCCUUCAGUCUCUCCCUUCAUCCUUGCCAAGACUCUCUUCACUUCAGGUUCUGUGUAUUCAAGAGGCUCCUCAGCUCCAGCAACUGUCGAACAUUCCCGGCUCUUUGGAACGAUUAGACCUUGAGAAGCUCGAAUCUUUGCUGUGCCUGCAAUCUUUAUCAGCCAUCACAUCCCUCCAGUAUCUAACUUUAGAAAGCAUUCCACUCCUCAAAGCGUUGCCAGACCUCCCUCCCUCUUUGUAUGAGUUGAGACUUAAAGAUCUUAAUCAAUUGGAUUGCCUGCCUUCUUGCUUUCCUACCCUUUCUUCUCUCCAAACACUUAACAUCAUAAAGGUUCCUCAGCUCCGAGAAUUACCAGGCCUCCCACCCUCUUUGCUUUCACUAUUUCUAGAAGGUCUUAAUCAACUUGAUUGCCCGCCUUCUUUCCUUUCCAGGCUUUCUUCUCUUGAUAAGCUUGUCAUUAUUAACCUUUCUCAACUCCGAGAAUUACAAGGCCUCCCUCCCGCUUUGUCUAAACUGCAACUUGAAGAUCUUGAUCGACUGGAUUGCCUGCCUUCUUCGCUUGCCAACCUUUCUUCUCUCCGUGUACUUUGGAUCAUAAAUGUUCCUCAGCUUCGGGAUUUGCCAGAUCUUCCUCCUUCCUUGGAACACCUAGUAAUCGAGGACUGUCAUCCAGAGUUAAUGGAGCGCUAUAAAGAGUAUUCAGGCUCUGAUUGGCACAAGAUC